AUGUCGUCCCCACCAGCAGCGCCGAGCAGUCCGCCUCAGGACAACUAUGGUCCCGACGAACAAUUACGCAACGAAGCAGCAGCAUCGCAGAAUUCACUGCUGCCCCCUACCGAUGCCUCGACCACUCAGAACUCAGCACAAGCUCCUCCCGCCUCGUCACCACUCUUCUUCCAGUCGUCGCCCGCUGUCAAUGCAGGUGCUGAUGGUAUGAGCUCGCCCAUUGGCGCUGGAUCGACACUACCUAGCGACGGUGGCCCUACCCCUAGAGCGUCUGGACAGACAAUAGGAGAUUCGUCCCCUAUCCGUUAUGCAUCCAGCUCGAGUGGCGCGCCCUUGCACACCGCCAACAGAGCCAACCAGCUCAGAAGUGACAGUAGUGGCCUGUUUGUGCGCUCUCCCUACUCUGGAGGCCCUGUAGGUGCUGCCAACAGACGUCACGACAUCGAGUCCGACAUUCUUUCAGGAAGCGGCCGAAGGAGACUUUUUGUGGAUGAGAAUGGCCGACCCACGCGCGACGAGGCAUCACACUCCGACACAGCGACCUUCUCCAAUGUCGACCCACACACCUCUGAAGCUAACAUUCUGGGAGGCCAUUCGACAAGGACCGUCUGGGGUACCAACAUCAGCGUUUCCGACACUUUGAGCACAUGUCAAAGCUUCUUCCGCGACUUCCAGAGAAAGUAUCGCCUGCGCUACGAUGGAGAGCUUACGGACACGCAAAAUCUGCCUGCCGAUCAUCCUGGAAACGAGAAGAUCUACAUGAAUACUCUUGACCUGAUGAUGGAUCUCGGAACCAGCCAGCUCAAUCUCGACAUGGAGAACCUGAAGGCCUACCCAUCAACACAAAAGCUGUGGUACCAGAUGCAAAACUUCCCUGCCGAAAUCCUUCCUAUCUUCGAUCAGGCCCUGAAAGACACAAUGUACGAGCUAGCCGAGAAGCGUAUGUCCGAAGUGCGAAUCCCAUCUCAACGCCGUGACCAGUCAGCCAGAGAUGAUUCCGUACCCGCCAUGCCUUCUUCAGACAUCGAUGCCACCACACCACGACCCACACAGAACGAGAACAUUCCUGACCUCAUCCAAGAAGUCGAGAGUCGCAUCUUCAGAAUCAGACCUUUCAACAUGGGCAAGACCAUCAACCUGCGCGACCUUAACCCGGGAGACAUGGACAAGAUGGUCAGCGUCAAGGGUCUUGUCAUCAGAACCACACCCAUCAUUCCGGACAUGAGAGAAGCCUUCUUCCGUUGUUCCGUUUGUCAUCAUACUGUCAAGGUCGAUAUCGACCGUGGUAAGAUUGCCGAACCCACUGUCUGCCCUCGCGAAGUCUGCGCCUCUCCUAAUUCCAUGCAAAUUGUGCACAAUCGCUGCGUCUUCUCCAACAAGCAAGUCAUCAAAUUGCAAGAGACUCCCGAUCGUGUACCCGACGGUCAGACUCCUCACUCGGUCUCGUUGUGUGUCUACGACGAUCUCGUCGAUGUUUGCAAGGCUGGUGAUAGAGUCGAGAUUACCGGUGUGUUCAAGUGCAACCAGGUCCGCAUCAACCCUCGUCAAAGAUCUGUCAAGAAUAUCUUCAAGACGUACAUCGAUUGUGUCUUCAUCAAAAAAGUUGACAAGCGUCGCAUGGGCAUUGACAUUUCGACUCUCGAAGAGGAGCUCUCGGAGCAAGCCUCAGGCGGCAAGGAAGAGGUCCGAAAGGUCAGCGCGGAGGAAGAGGCGAAGAUUCUCGAGACUGGUGCUCGACCUGACGUGUACGACCUUCUCUCUCGAUCACUGGCUCCCAGUAUCUACGAGAUGGACGAUGUCAAGAAGGGUAUCCUUCUCCAGCUCUUUGGUGGUACCAACAAAUCAUUCGACAAGGGUGGUAGCCCCAAGUACCGUGGCGACAUCAACGUCCUACUCUGUGGUGAUCCCUCGACAGCCAAGUCGCAGAUCCUCUCUUACGUUCAUCGCAUUGCCCCUCGUGGUGUCUACACCAGUGGUAAGGGUUCUUCGGCCGUUGGUCUGACUGCAUAUGUUACUCGCGAUCCAGAGACAAGGACGCUAGUUUUGGAGUCCGGUGCUCUUGUGCUGUCAGAUGGCGGUGUCUGCUGCAUCGACGAGUUUGACAAGAUGAACGACUCGACUCGAUCAGUCUUGCACGAAGUCAUGGAACAACAGACUGUCUCUAUUGCAAAGGCCGGCAUCAUCACAACGCUCAACGCAAGAACCAGUAUUCUGGCAUCCGCCAAUCCCAUUGGCAGUAAAUACAAUCCCAACCUGCCCGUACCGCAAAACAUCGACCUGCCGCCGACGCUGCUGUCUCGUUUCGAUCUGGUCUACCUUGUGCUCGACCGCAUAGACGAGAUGAACGAUCGUCGCAUGGCGAAGCAUUUGGUCGGCAUGUACCUUGAUGACGCUCCCGAGAAUGCAAGUGCAAACGAGAUUCUUCCCAUCGAAUUCCUAACCUCUUACAUCUCCUACGCCCGUAACAACAUCCAACCAAAGAUCUCAGAAGAGGCAUCACAAGUCCUCGUCGACGCCUACGUCUCCAUGCGUGCCCUCGGAGCCGAUGUCCGUGCCGCAGAUCGCCGCAUCACAGCCACGACACGUCAACUAGAAUCCAUGAUCCGUCUAGCCGAAGCCCAUGCGAAGAUGCAUCUGCGCAGCGAAGUCACAGCCGACGACGUCAACGAAGCCGUUCGUCUGAUUCAAUCAGCACUCAAGCAAUCAGCCACAGACUCCAGAACUGGAUUAAUCGAUAUGGGGCUUCUGACUGAAGGUACCAGUGCUUCCGAGAGAAAGCGCAAGAGUGAUCUCAAGGAUGCUGUGCUCAGUGCUGUGGACGAUAUGCUCAGAAGUGGGCAGUCUAGUGUGAGGGUGCAGGAUGUUUUGAGGAGGGUGGGUGAGGAUUCUACUAUUCCUAUUGAAUCUGUAGAGUUGGCUGAAGCGUUGAGGUCGUUGGAGGCAGAGGGCAAGUUGUUGAUUUCUGGCGAGGGGCAGAGACGUAGUGUCAGAAGAGUCACUGGCAUUGCGUAA